AUGCACCGUCCGGUCAGUCACCUCCUUUUCUGUUCCCGUGCGUUCGCCCAGAUCAAGCGCUACGAACCCUCCCAGGACGCUCUGGGAGAGGCGAAGGCCUCGGAGGUGCUUCUCGAGAUCGUCAAGGCUAUCCUGCACGAGUUCGGCCUGUACCCAUCGGACCUCGCGCCGGGUACUACGGACAGUGGAUCGGACGUCAAGUCUGUUAGCGUCAACGGCCUCCACCCGCAGUUUGGGGUUCUGUGGAAUUGGUGUUUUUGCCACCUGAUGGUCAAGGUCGCCGAGGACGGCUUUGUCACCCACGUCGACCCUCAGAAGUCCAAGAACCCGGAAGCGCGCGACAUGCUCAAGAAGCUCAUCAAUCUGGUCGGGACCCUCCACAGGUCUGCCAACUUCAAGGUUAAGAUCGACGACCUUCAGGUGGACGUGUUGGGUGAGGUCUUCGACAUUCCGCCUCUUGGAGAAGACGGCCUCCCGGACCGCAAGGACCAGAAGAAAGCUCUGCCGCACAAGAUGGUAGCACACGACGACUUGCACCCCGUGGCACACAAGGCGCGCAACGAACUCUGCCGCGCGCUCGUGACGAGGUUCUACGGUCGUGUGUGGGACACAUCUACCCUGGACCCCUCGGUGUUAUGCGAUGCUCCCUGCCUCCUGACACCGCCGUUCAGUGAGGGGAACUACGUUUCCGCGAUGAAGCUUACAGCAGAGGAGUGCGAGUACUUGCCCGCCGGGUCGUGCGUGACGGCCCCUACGCUGGACGAAGAGGUGAAAGAGAAGCUGGAUGGAGCUUGGACCGAAAUCAAGAAGCGAGCCGUCGCAGCCGUGAAGACAGCGCAGAGUCGGGCCGCGGGUGGUAGUGAGGGCGGGGGGGGAGGUCCUUUGAAGCGCGCCCGCACUAGCGCCGCGGGUCCGACUCGUCGCAAGAAUCGCGAGGACGCCUUCGCAGUUUUCGGUCGCAAAGAAGUCGCCCCCCAAAGCAGCGAAGGAAAUCUGGACUUGGUGGAGGAGGAGGUCUCGAGCGAGAUCAUGCGGUACAAGGGAGUCUUCAUUGAGUCAACCGACUUGUCGCCCAGCGAAGCCCUCAACUACUGGAAGACAUAGGGAAACAUUCAUUCCCCUCACUCAAGUAUGUGGCGCAGCAAACAUUCGGCAGUCAAGCCUCUGCCGCUCAGGUCGAGAGAGACUUCAGCCACUGCGGUCUUUUCUGUGUAGGGAACCGCAGCCGAGUAGACGAGUACUGGCUGGAAAUGGUGAUGUUCCUCAAAGGAAACUACUCGUUUAUUCCCGAGUACAAGGACAUCCCCAACAUCGACGGGAAGGACAUAUGGAGGUGCCUCCCUGCAAAGCUCAGCGGAAAUAAUGACGAUCUCCCCAAAGCAGAGAUGGCGCUCGACCCGCUGUCAAACACCACGCCCCCCCAAGAGGAUGUCAUUGGCGUUGGCGAGGAUGGGUAGAUGGGUAGUUGCUUGGUAGUCUGAUCUGGAGUUUGUACGAUCAGUUGAGGACGAGGAUUGAGGAUUUAGGGGUUCGUGCUCUUACUCUAGUACGUUUGAAAGUU